UUUGCUCGCCCCGUUAGCACGCGCCUACACCGACUAAACUCUGUUUAGACAAGUUUGUCUUGUAUACCAGAAUGAGAAUGACAGCAGCCAGGAUGUUUAGAAACAAAAGUUGGAUUUUUUAAUGAAGUUUGAAGAGUCUGUUUUUAACAAAUGUACCUGGACAUAGAGUUGGGUCCUACUUGAAAGAAGUUUCGGGUUUAUAUGGAAUAACGUUGCGUUAUUGGAUCUGAAAAUUGUUCAAGAAAGAAGCGAAUCAGCGAAAAAAUGAAUUUGUCUUUUGACGACCCGUCACUGGAUAGCUUGGAUCCAAGCUUAUCCCUGAACGAUCCGAAUGAUAUCGACACAGCUCUGCUGAACGAUAUUGACGACAUGCUCCAGCUCAUCCACAACCAGGAGAUGGAGUUCAGCGGCUUGUUUGAUCCCACCUCCUUUCCACCACCACCUCCAGCGCAUGAUCUUUCAGCCCUGCCUCCUUCCAGCUUGCCUCCUACUUCCCUUCCUUCCUCCACAUCGUCCUCUACAUCGCCCAUCCUAAGUAGCAGUCCACAUCUGGAUGCCCUGCUGGGUCCCCCUCUCAGCCGCAACUCCUCCACCCCAGACAAGCCCUUCCACGCCUCAAACUUUCAGCAGUCUCCCUCCAUCCAGGUGACCUCUACACCUGUGACUCCGAGCCAGCCUCAAGUUCAAACGGCUCAACCUGUGCUUCACCUACCAAGCCAGACUCCCCAGAGCCCCACGUUCUCCUCAAGCCCUCAGCAGCCUUUGACUAACUACACAAAUCAAAAUGGAUACACUGUAGUUCCACAGCAGAGCUCGCCCCAGCCCCAGCCUGUGCCCGUGCCCGUGCCCAGUGUCCCCACCUCUCCACAGACCGUUCAACCAGUAACCAUCCAGGCUCAAGUUCAAAGUCUGCCCACAUCUCCCAUCAUUACCACAUCCUCCAGUCCGCCUGCGCAGACUCACAUCCAGCAGGUUCCUGUCUUGUUGCAGCCUCAGUUCAUUAAGGCGGAGUCUCUCCUCCUUACCACCCUGAAGCCAGACGUGACCAUGGUAACUACCGUAGCAUCUCCGUGCAUCACGUCUCUGGCUACAACCACAGCUCCAAUUCAAAGCACUUCACUGCAGGCCUUAAUGAACGGCAGGACCAUCCUGACCACGGUUCCAGUUAUGGUGGACACCGAGAAGCUGCCAAUCAAUCGUAUAGCCAUCAGCAACAAGCCAGGUAUGCAGAUCCAAAAAGGCGAGAAGCGUACCGCACACAACGCCAUUGAGAAGCGCUACCGCUCCUCCAUCAACGACAAGAUCCUAGAGCUCAAAGACCUGGUGGCUGGCACAGAGGCUAAGCUGAAUAAAUCGGCAGUGCUGAGGAAAGCCAUCGACUACAUCCGCUACCUGCAGCAGGCCAACCAGAAGCUAAAGCAGGAGAACAUGGCUCUCAAAAUGGCCAAUCAAAAGAACAAGUCUCUGAAAGACCUGGUUGCCAUGGAGGUGGACGUGAAGGCCGAACUUCCCACUCCUCCAGCCUCCGACGCCGGCUCCCCAGAACCAAGCGGCUCCUUCUCGCAUUGCAGCAGCGACUCUGAGCCCGACAGUCCUAUGGGAGAGGACAGCAAGUCCAUGUCCAGUGCUGAGAAGGCAGCUGGAGGGAUGCUGGAUCGCUCCCGGAUGGCUUUCUGUGCCUUCACCCUGCUGUUCCUCUCUUUCAACCCACUGGCGUCUCUGGUGUGUGGGAGCCAAAGUAAAGCUGGAGAAUCUGUUCCUCCAGGUCACUCGGGAACUGGCAGGACCAUGCUGGGAUUUGAUAACGCAGCUGAUUCGUGGGGCUGGAUGGACUGGAUGCUGCCCACUCUGUUGGUAUGGCUGCUUAAUGGCGUUCUGGUAGCUGGUGUUCUGAUCAAGCUGUUGGUGUACGGAGAGCCCAUCACUAGACCCCACUCUGAAUCCUCCGUCUUGUUCUGGAGGCACCGCAAACAGGCCGACCUCGACCUCGCCAGAGGAGACUUCGCUCAGGCCUCUCAGAAUCUCUGGACAUGUCUGAAGGCACUUGGACGUCCUCUGCCCACCUCUCAGCUGGACUUGGUGUGCGCCGUGCUCUGGUCCACCCUGCGCCUUUGGCUGCAGAGACUGUGGGUGGGCCGGUGGCUGGCGUGCAGGGCCGGUGCCCUGCGUGUCGACCGCCCCCUACAGGAGGACGCACGCAAGAGCAGCCGUGACGCCGCCCUGGUCUACCACCGCCUGCACCAGCUGCACAUGACCGGGAAGCUGGGCGGCAGCCACCUGUUUGCUUUGCACAUGGCCCUGAGUGCGGUGAACCUAGCGGAGUGUGCCAGAGACUGUCUGUCUGUUGCCACGCUGGCUGAGAUCUACGUCUCCGCUGCCCUGAGAGUAAAAACCAGCUUGCCCCGUCUACUGCACAUCACCUCUCGUGGCUUUCUGAGUCGUGCUCGGCAGGCUUGUCUGUCCCCCAGUGGCAGUGUUCCUCCUGCCAUGCAGUGGCUCUGCCACCCUCUGGGUCAUCGCUUCUUUGUGGACGGUGACUGGUCUGUACGCAGCAUCCCUAAAGAAAGCAUCUAUAGCCAGGCUGGAAACACAGUGGAUCCUCUGGCUCAGGUGACUCAGGCUUUCAGAGAGCACCUGCUGGAGAAGGCUCUGUACUGCGUCGCUCAGCCACACGGAGACAAAAGCCCCAACCAGGGCCAAGGCGAGUACUCUGAUGCCCUGGAGUACCUGCAGCUGCUGAACAGCGCCUCGGACGCUGCAGGAGCCACCACACAGGCCUUCGCCAUCGGCUCCAACAUGGCCACAGUGACCGGAUGUGACCCUCAUUCAAAAUGGUGGUCGUCCCUUGCUGUGGUGAUAAUUAACUGGCUUCAGGGAGAUGACGUAGCGGCGGAGAGGUUGUAUCCAGCUGUUGAACACCUUCCACGCAGCCUUCAGUCUGAUGAGAGUUCACUCCCCAAAGCCAGUUUAAAUAUGUUUAAAGCAGUGCGCGCCCUGCUGGCCAAACCAGAGAACAGACAGCUGAGUCUGAGCUACUGUGAGAAAGCCAGCAGUCUGUUUAGAGACAGUCUCAAUCUGGGGCCACACUGCAGCAGCAGCACUUUAGACAAGUUGGUGCAGCUGUUACUUUGCGAUCUCCUCCUGGUGACCCGCACGAGUCUGUGGCGAGAGCAGCAGUUCUGUUCUCCAGCUUCUCCUCAGCAGAGCUCGGCUUCUGCCGCUUCUCCUGCCGAGCUGCAGGGCUUCCAGCAGGACCUGAGCUCUCUGCGCAAACUCGCCCACAGCUUCCGACCCGCCAUGCGACGGUUGUUUCUGCAUGAAGCCACUGCCAGGCUGAUGGCAGGAGCAAGUCCAACACGCACACACCAGCUCCUGGACCGCAGUCUGCGCCGGCGUGCCACACCUGGAGGUAAAAUCGAAGAGUGUGAGACACGGCCAGGCCAGCGCGAACAGGCAGAGGCGGCCAUGUUGGCGUGUUGGUAUCUCCCGCCGUCGUUCCUGUCGGCCCCGGGCCAGAGGGUGGGGAUGUUGGCAGACGCCGCCCGCACUCUUGAGAAGCUAGGGGACAAGCGCACGCUCCAUGACUGCCAGCAGAUGAUCAUCAAACUGGGCAGCGGGACCACGGUCGCCUCCACUUAGAGACAAAACAAAAGACUUUGAAUCCAACCCUCAAUCCCAAUCCCACCUUCCUGCACUAACACAAUAUUGCAAAUGUUCAGUGCCAUGUUUUCUGGCUACAGGCUUCAUUCGUUAUCAAUUAACCAGUUGAUUUUAGUUUGUCAGGGUUUUAUCCCCCCCUUUCUUUUUCAUUUUUGUUUAUAACUAUUAUUUAAAUAAAUUAAUAAUUUAAUUUGUUUAUCCUGACAAAAUUCUGAUAUAUUCGUAUGGUUAACAUUUUCUACAUCUUACUUAAAGGUGCGGUCAGUAAUUUUAAAUACAGAUUUUUUUUUUUUCCUCUCGUGAGAUUCGGCAAAGUUUUCUUCAGGUUUUAGGCAGCUGUGGAUUAAACAUCAGCUCUGAGGAGAAGCUCCAGUCUAUGUGGUGUCCCAGGUCUGUGAAAAAGAGAUAAAGAAAAAAAAAAAGUAAGAACCCCAAUGUUGGAAAUCAUUCAAUAAAUCAAGACAAUAGCGUUAUUUCUGUUUACCUUGCGAUCCUGAACACUGCUUUAUUACAGUAGAAUUCAGGCUUUUAUCCUAUGCAUGUUUUUUUUUUUUUUUUGGUGUGUGGUUUUGGACUCGAAACAACUCCUAUUUAGUUAUUUUCUCUUAAAAUUACUUACUACGCCUUUAAAGUAAUAUUUCAUACACGUACUGAUGCUUUCUGGGCUGUCCUGUAACGAGGUGCUUUGUCCACUAGAUGGCAUUUUAUUCAGCAGCUUUGGACAUGAGUGGCUUUACUCGGUGAUUGGACACAAAUCGUUGCACACAGGCUUUGCACACAAACCAGUUCUUGUGUUUGCUGUUAUGAUAAUGGUAGGUAUGUACAUGUGUGUGCAUGUUUCGUUCUAAAUCAGCAGCAUCAUCUCAGACACUCGUUUUUGCCUGCAGUGUACUGGUUUAGUACGGCAUGGCCAGGUGACUCAGCUGCCUGGAUAUCAAGGCUUAACCUGUGUGCAAGCGAGCUAGACGUGAGGAGACAUAAUGAGUGUGAUGACAUUUCCUUUUCAUUACAUCUGCACAGACCUUUCCUAAUCUGCACUACCCUUACUGGGGCUGACUUCUUUAUGGUUUAAGAGCGUGUACGGCUUUACAAGGUUCUUUUCUUGUAGCGUUUCCUUUUGUAUAUAUUUUUAAAAAUGCGUAUUUAUAAUUUUGUCUGAAGAUGUGGGUGAACAGUAUUUUCUAGAAACCGAGAAAAAGGGGGCAACUUGGAUUUUUUUCAUUAGAAUACAGUACUAGAGCAAAAACAGAAUAUCGGGGUUGAAGCGCUUGUGGCUGUGAAAAUGGGACCGGUUUAGUGUUUCACUUAAAGAGCAGUGAACCUGACUGGUCCCAGAUAUGUGGAAAAAGAAGCUUAUUCUCGAAGAGGCUGGUCUGUUUGCACUACUGAGAGAGGUGAUGGUUACUGUUGAAGCACACAGCUCCUCAACACAUUUGAUGGUGAAAAUAUAUGGAUGGAGAAACACCGUGAACUAAAGUAUCUGAGCCAUUCUGUUUUGACCCAGUUCACCACCAUUCUUACCUUUAUCCCAGGAUCUUUUAAAUAAGGCAGAUCUUUGAGAGGGAGAAAGAGACCCUUCUGCAUUCCACUUUCAUCCACUGUAAUGUUUCGUAUACUCCGUUAAAUCUACAGUCGAGUUUCAGAGGUUGUAUUUAAAUGGCAGACUCAUGACCUGUAUGCUAAUCAGUGUGUAGUGUUCAUAGUCGAAAUCUCAACACAAAUGUUUGAACAGUCUGUCCGAUUGUCGGCUCUUUGAUUUCUUCUUGAGAAUGUAAAUAAAAGACGUUUUGUAACUUA